AUGUCCAGUUCCAGCGAUGAAGACGUGUCGUCGCCGCCAUAUGACGAGUCCGACUUGAGUGAAAUGGAACCAGUGGACGAUGAACCAGAAGAAGAACAGGAAGACGACGAAAAUCUGCCCAGUGAUGACACCAAGUAUAAUGUGGAAGAUGGUGACGACGACCUGGAUUUGGAUGGUGACGAUGACGAUUCGCCAAAACCACGAAGAGGAGGCGCUUCCCGAGCUGGUACGAGGACCAGGGCCCCGGUAAAGAAACGCACACUUACGCUUUACAAUGAAGAAGAAGAGAGUACGGAUGGCACUGAAACUCCACCUCCAGCUCGUAAACAACAAAGAGUGAACAAUAUGGACGAAGAUCUCAUUUUGACCGACGAAGAAGCCGAGUACGAUCCACACAAUAACCCCGAUGUUUCCAAAAUGACCGAGAGACAAAGACGGCGGUUUCUUGAAGAAGAAAAUGGCAACAGUGCUUCGGAGCUGUUUUUGGAACUCGAGGAUCUUGAUAAGAAAAAUACAAAGCGCAAGCAAGAAACAGAACAACAGACAUUGUUGCGAAAAGCAGAAAAUGCUCGUAGACGACAGCAUUUGAAGAACAAGCAAUUGGAGGAAGAAAAACAAGAUACCGUCAACAAGCUUCUUAAGCGGCGAGCCACGAAAACCAGAAGUGGUGAGUCCAAGGAGGACAACGAGGAGGUUACGGAUCUGCGUCCGAGACGUCCUAUGAUCAACCAUGCGGCAAUGAACCGGUGGGUAAGCAGAAAGGACGGUGAAGUGUUGGGAAUCGAAAGGGCGUGA